AAUCACAGUGCAUGUCAUCAUGAGUUGACUUUCCAGAGCAGAUUAUACAUUUCCCGUAUGCCUCCUCAGGAUACAGCAGGAUACAACAAAUCCUUCCAUAAGUAUAAACGUGCUAUCGUGAAUCCUUCUGUUUUAGGAUCGAAACCUAUACAUAUAACCAGUGAAUUUAUAAACACAUAGAAAAAUGCCGAAACUCAAGAUAGUCACAAGCAACACACACGCUCGGCCGCACUUUGCCAGCCACACGCAAUCCUCUUUGAUGAAAACACGAACGCCGAUGAAACUGAAGAAAUUGUCAUCGAUAAAGAAUGAAAAUGAAUCAAAGAAGUCGCAAAAAAGUGUCAUUCCUAAAUCGAACAGAAUCUACAAGAAACGAAGCAACAUCACAAAGCAGAGCAAAAGUAUGCAGAUGCUGGUAAUGAUCCUCAAGCAACAGGUAGACCGUCAUUCGACCAUUUUUCUCCCUGGUAGCGAUUUAACAGAAACAACCUGUCAGUUGGAGAAUUCAUUAAUUUCGCUUCAGGACAAUUUGAUCAAAGAUGUGUCUCACAAUCUCAAAAAUUGCAUUGCUAGUCCAGCUAAAUUAGCGACUCUUCGUAGCAAACAGACAAAAGUCAUGAAUGAGUUCGAAUCCUCUGCUGAAAAUUUGCAUGAUUCUCAGGAUGGAACGAAUUGUGCAGGAAGAGAUAAUUCGGACGACAUCCACGAUGCUUCUGAAGCUCGUACAGUUAUAGACAUUACGUGUAAACUUCAGUUGCAUUUGAGCGAUGAAGAGGAGCCCGCAGACUCGCAUAAUAAAGUCGAAAACCUCUAUCGCAGGACCGAAUGUGAGGAAAAACUUGACGACUCUUCGAACAAAAAUUGUACCGAAAUGCAAGUACAUCCACAAACUGUAAACGUCGCGACAAAUCGCAAACGCAUGGGAAAAACUUGGAUGUUUAGAAAAGCCAAGACCCAAAACGAGCACGUUGACGUCGAUCGCACUUGUCGUACUGAUUUACAAAAGUCCGAAACCACGCAACACGUUGGUACAGUUAUGAAUAGCGAUGCGAUUAUCCAGAAGAGGGGUGCUCUUCAAAAGACUCUUACUUUUCAUCAGCGAGCCUGGAGACCAGCUGGCAUCCCAAAAAAUUUUACGAAAAGCACAACGUCUUUGCAACCGAUGUCGCAAAAGUCAUCUCAAUCAGCCGAAAAAUUUGCCUCGACGAAGAGCAAACAUUUGUCAACUGAAUGCAUUAAAUCCUUUAAUAGUGAGUCUACGAGCACAUCGGAAAAUCAAUCCAAGAUGUUAAUGAAAGAAAAUAGAGACCCUCGCGCGAAUCGUGUGACAAAAAUGUUCGAUUAUCCCACGGAAAUGAAACAGCGGCAAAAGCUGCAAAGCGGAGGGAUGUUGCCAAAGAAGAAACGGUCGAGGACCAAGAUCGCCUCAAAAGUUUUAGAUAAAUGCGAUGACGCAAACCCGACCCUGGCAAAAUCGAAAUCGCGCCAUUGUCAAACGCGAAAGAUCAUCCCGAACGAAUCUUCGAAUAAUAUCGAAGAACAUCGUACCGAACCUACCCUGACUUAUAGAAAAUCGAGAACUUUGGAAGUAAUCCACACAUUGAGAAAGAUUAUUGAUAGCGUAAGAGAAAACGACGACGCGGAGGAAAAUGUUAAGAGAAAUGAUCACGAGAAAAACGAUAAUAACGAGAUGCAAAUGUCGCCAAAUAACGACACUUUGCAGAAUGACAAACUACAUUCUACAAAAGAUAUAAAUUUGGAUGAAGCAGAUAGAUAUUCUCGGAGAUCAAUAAGCACGCAGGUGAAAUUAGAUUCCCCUUCGUAUCACGAAAUUGACGCUGAAAAGGAUCAAGAUCUGAUGGAAAUUCUAAAUUUAACUCGAAUUGUUGCAACGCAAACAUUGCCAAGUUAUAUUAGAAAUGUAGUUGAUAUUGGAUGCAACACUCCUGUUAUCGUAUGUAACGAUGUAGGAGUUUCCUGCGAUCUGAUAGGCUCCACAGACUUGACAGAAAUGGAACCAACCAUGAUUGAAGAUAAAUCGACAUCAAAUGUUCAUAUUGAGCCUUCGUCUAUUAAAGUUAAUGUUGAAAACGAAGAUAUUAACAGAAACAAGGAACUUCUGCUUAGUGAAUGCAAGGAAAUAUUAAAUACGAGAUUAAAAUUAGAGAAUUGUGAUAUUCCAGCAAACACGAUAAAUGAUGUUGCUGGAGAAAUAGAAAAGAUUAUGCGUGAAGAAGUAUAUCGAAUUUUUUUUAAAUCAUUAAAAAAUUCUGACGAUAAUACAAACGUUGAUAUCGAUGAAGAACAAGAAUCUACAAAAUGUUCCAGCAACCACAAUGUAAGUAGUACUUCUAUAAAUAAUCUGUUUUCAGAAAAAUCUCGAUCAUCCAUCUGCGAUUACGAUACAUCUUCCUCUUCCGAGGAAAUCGUGGAAGAUCUAACGAGCGAUGUAAUUGCAACUUUUGAGCUUGCAGCAGAGCGUGCGCGCAAUCUUCACGAAGCAGUUAUUAUAUACCACAAAAAUUUAAUGUCAAGAGAAUCUGGGAAGCAAAAUGAAGAGAAGGUUGAAGAUUACGAAACGUCAGAGUUCAGCGAUGAGCAGAAUUGUUUCGAGAAAUAUACUUCUUUUAUAAGUCGCGAAAAUGAAAAUAAGAUAAGAUCCGAAUGCGAUGCGAUAUGUCACUUCGUAAAUAAUGAAUAUUUCAGCGGAUUUUCAACGUGCUCGUCGCGUGACAGUAGUUCCGAUCGAACAUGCGGAACCAAAUUUCUGAAAUCAUCGAAAGACGGGAAUUAUGUUGGGAUGAAACGAGAAGAAGAAAAUGCCGUUUUUUCAGAAAACGAGCGAGCAAUAGCGAGAUCGAUCCUAAACAAACGCUCCGAUCUUGAAGAUGUCAAAUCGAUGAUGCAACUGGUGCAUCGUACUCAAGAGGAUUAUGCACUCGAACUGUUAGAAUCGGAAAAAAGUUUUGAUAUGGAAAAAAUAAAAAAUGAUAAAAUUUUAGCACUUCCCGCGGCGAAUAAAAAAACUUCCCUUAUAUCGCGCGAGUAUCUGCUUUCUUUUAUUUAUUGCAUUGUUUAUACUGUAGUGUUUUGGUAUUUGCAAUAUUCGUUCCGAUGCGAUUCGACGAAAUAAUCUUCCUGUAAUUUUCAUUACAUAUUCAA